CCCAGGCAGGAGCCAAUGAAACGGCUGUGUUUUGAAUCGAAGUUUCAAGCGUCGGGCGGCUCCGCGACUCGAGAAGAGGAACAACAACAAAAGCGCGUGUUUGUGGAUUUCUUCACGUGAAACCGAGUGAAAGUUACACGUCGACAUGGAUUUGGACUCGAUGAAAUACGCGGAGCUGCGAAAUGUCGCCAAGGAGCUCGGGCUGAAGGGAAACAUGAAGGCGGAUAAACUGCUGAAGCUGAUCAAGCAGCAUUAUCAAAAAGAAAAGAGCAAGGAGGAGGAAGAAGAGAAGGGACAGGAUCGGGAUGCAGCUGCUGUAGAAGAGGAUGUAAAUGCAGGACAAGGCGCUGCUCAGGAAAGUAAAGAUGCAACUUCUCAGGAAGAAGUUUCCAGCACCGCUGUGUUUGUGAACACACGUCGAGGCAGAGGAAACGGUACCAAGAGAAAGAUCUCUGAUACUGAGACUGAGCGUGAUGUGUCUCCUCCGACUGCUGCAGAGGGUGAUGUGGAAGUGGCUGCAUCUGCUGCACCCUGUGGUGUGAGAGGUUCCAAGAAGAGGAAAGUGUCUUCUGUCAAAGACUCUGUCAAAACUGAGCCUCAGGAGGAGUCCCAGGUCACAGACAGCGAGCAGCAGCUGGCCGACACGAAGGACGAAGCACCUGUGCAUGUUACAGAAAAGGACACAAAAGCAGCCAAACCUGGUAAAAUCCCUCGUUACCAAAGCCUGCAGCUGAAGAACAAGCAGCUGAAGCCUGUCACUCCCAACUUCAAGAAACUCCAUGAGGCACAUUUUAACAAGAUGGAGUCCAUUGACUCUUAUGUCCAGCGGAAGACCAAGCAGAUGGACACCUACAGAGCUUCAGUUAAAGAACUCAAGAAGCUUUCAGACAAAACUAAACUGCAGCAAGCUGAUGGCAAAACCCGAGCAAAGGCAAAUCAGAGUCGAACGUCCAUGUUAAGUCCUCUUCCCGUCAAUAAGAGAACAGCUGACGACAAACGCAGACACACUUUGCUCUCGGCGAGUAAAGCUCCUCCGAAAGAAGCUGCUGGGAAGGAAGAUGCUCCGUUCAGACCCUCGGUCCUUUCCACUCGCAGGAUCAAUGUUCGGUUCUCAGAAGCCACCAGAGACAAUGAGUUUAAAAGAUCUUUGGUGAAGACGCCGGCUCGCAUGUCUCCCUGCGUGACCUCGAGCACCCCACAAAAACAGACGACUGGUGAAGUCAAGUCUGUCAACGUCAAGACUGCAACUCUAUCUGCUGCAAAGACUCCAGGGACGUUCAUUUUCACUGCUAACACAAGCACCAUAGGAACCCCUGCAACACAGACCAAGCAGAGUUUUGACCUGAAGGCGAGUCUGUCUCGUCCUCUCACCUACAAGCCUCACAAAGGUAAACUAAAGGCUUUUGGAGAUGUCAAAGAAAACACAACAACAGCAGCAAACAAGUCUCUGAUCUCAAACUCGCAUCAGAAAAAUUAUAAACAGCACCAGGUCCAAACAAGGGAGAACAGGAGAGAAAAACACACUGCAGACCGGAAGCAGAAGAAAGAGAGUGUGCUCGGGGCGAGACGAGGCCUCGUCAUGAUGUAAAAAUACUGCGCUUGUUUGAAGAUAUUUGUACAGCCUGUUGUUCCUCUGUAAAUAUUUAGUUGUCUGCAGCUGACAACCCUCUGCUCUUUUUGAACCUUCUGUGUGGAAAGUAGAGAAGCUCUUUUAUCCUUCUGUCAACCUUCUGUACUGUUUCUAGAUUUGACACAUGUAUUAGUCACACUUUAACUCUGUUUAAUGAUGCAUUUAGAUGUGUAGAGGAUCGUUGCUUUGCUGCAUUUAAAUUUUUAAUUUGUUCUUAAAAUUGAUUUUGGGGGACAGGCUGGUUGAAGACUGGUGCAAAAGAUUUUCUUGUUUGCAUUUGCCGAUUAAAUUUGCUGUUUUCCAAAGUGUA